GAUGCUAUUCCUCUACUCAAGCGCGUAUUGACCCUCUCUCCUCAUGCGAACCAUUCAGGUGCGUAAGCUUACCCUGGUGUGUAAAGAUGGAAAAAGCAGUGAUGAGUCCACCUUUCCUUCUCUCUGCUUCCUCCGGCUUGGAAGCUCCCAGACCGGCCUCCCUCAUGGACUGACUCUUGAGAUACCGAACAGUUCUCUGACGAUCUUUUCUCAUCUUGUGUUUAUUCUCGAUUUUAAUUCUAGCGGCUAAAUAGAUUUGAGCUUUAAGAAACGUCUUGGCACCGACAGGUUCCGAUCUUCAGGUGCACUCGAAAUCCUCAUCUUUGCGCUAUUUUCUGAGGUGGGUUGAUCUUGUUUUGGGUCCAGACUCGUGGCUUUGAUCUGUUAGUGUGAUUAGAUUGGUGGGGUUUUCCUAAUAAACCGAUUUCAAUUUCUGUGUUUGAUCCAAAUGGUCUAUAUCCACAACUCCGUUUCGUUCUGCAAGUCCGUUGACCAGCCUGCAAACAUGGCGUUAUAUGUUAAUUCAACCGAUACAUGCUCUAAGUCAAGGCAGAACAAUCAUUUGUGCAGGAACAGAAAGAUUCCCAAUUCUCAGAAUUAUUUGAAAAUUCCGGCCUGCCAUCGAUCUCGAUCGGCUGCUGUCGAUGUGCUGAUAUUGAUCGCAGUGAUCGGUGCUUGUGGGUUUUUGUUAUUUCCUUAUGUUAAGCUUUUAUGCCUCAAAUUUGUUGAAUUUGUCGCAGCCGCUCUGUAUGUGGUGAAAGAGGAGGUUUCUAGUGCUCCGAUGAUCUACGCGUCUCUAGGGAUUAGCGUGUCGUGUGCAGCAGUUGCUGCGUGGGGAAUUAUGAUUUGUACAAGUAGCAAAUGCGGGAAUCCCAAUUGCCAGGGACUUAGAAAAGCGGCGGAAUUCGAUAUUCAGCUUGAGACCGAGGAGUGCGUGAAGAAUUCUACUUCUUUGGGGAGAGAUGGUGUGAAGAAGGGCCUAUUCGAAUUGCCUCGUGAUCACCAUCGGGAACUGGAAGCCGAGCUUAAGAAGAUGGCACCCCCAAAUGGAAGAGCAGUUCUUGUGUUUCGAUCGAGGUGCGGGUGCUCUGUUGGUAGGUUGGAAGUUCCUGGACCGAGGAAGCAUCGAAAGAUCAAAAAGUAAUGUUCUUAUAAGUAUAUUAACUGACAGGAUGGAUGUUCAUUACAGAGACAGUUAUAAUGUAGAGGGAAGAGGCUUUUCUGGUUCUUCUUCUCUCAACUAUAGUGUUUUUGAAUAAGCUCAUGGCAAUAAGUUGUAAGGAUUAUAUACAUAUGAUGGAUACAGUGGGAAAUAUAAUAGGCCCUUACUUUUAUUAACUA